AUGAUUGAUGAUUCAUCAAUAAAGUCAAUUGAAGAAUUUCCAAUUAAGAUAUGUCCAUCGAUAUACCUUGGGAAUUUCCAAACAUUAACUAAUGAUAAGUUUUUGAAUGAAGACAAUAUCCAAAUCGUGAUAAAUUGUCUGCCAAUGACUAAAUUUUUGAAAUUUUUCAAUGAAGAAGGUGAUAAGAUUGUAUUACCAACAAAUAAGAUGAUAUUAAAUUUAGAUCCAAAAUUUGAUAUUAAUCAAUUAAAUCAAGAUGAAAUAUAUCAAUUGGAUGAAUUUAAUAAAGUUUAUAAUAAGAUAUUACAAAAUUAUCUAAAUUUUUUCUAUAAAAAUAAUGAUAAUUUAAAUUUUUUAAUUCAUUCAACGAAUUAUAAUGACUUAACUAAAUUAACAAUUAAUAAUCCAAUAUUAACUGGGAAUUUACUAGUUCAAUUUUUCAAUAUCACCAGAUUUAUUAAAUUAUGUCGAAAUAUUGAUUCAAAAAUAUCAAUUUUAAUUAUUAGUGAUGACGGUCAUUAUCAAUUAUCUUCAGCCCUACUUAUUUCAAUCUUGAUGGAUAAUUAUAAUUAUAAUUUCGAUGCAAGUUAUCAAUAUUUACUUAAUUUGAAUUCAAAUUUAAAACCUUUUAAUUCAAAUUUUUAUGAUGAUUUAAUCAUUACGGAAAAUUUGAAAAAAUUUUACUUUGAAAAUUGUAAAAUAAAAUCUUUAAAUCCUUCAAUUUUAACAACCAAUUAUAAGUUGAAAAGAAGAAAUGAUUACGAUGAUGAAGUUUCUUUGUAUAUUUAA